AUAUAUAUAUAUACUGAUAGUAAUGAAACCCUUCUGAAUGGAACUGCCCUUCCUCCCUUUCCACAGGCCAUAAACAAAGCCAUUGAGAAGGAGCACGAGGAAUUCAACAUCGGGGUCCUGGAUAUCUAUGGCUUUGAGAUUUUCCAGCAAAAUGGCUUUGAACAAUUCUGCAUCAACUUUGUGAACGAAAAACUGCAGCAGAUCUUCAUUGAACUGACGCUGAAGGCAGAGCAGGAGGAGUAUGUGCAGGAGGGGAUUAGAUGGACCCCUAUCGAGUAUUUCAACAACAAGGUGGUGUGUGACCUCAUCGAGAGCAAAGCGAACCCCCUGGGUAUCAUGUGCAUCCUUGACGACGUGUGCGCCACGAUGCAUGCCAAGGGUGAGGGGGCCGACCAGACCCUGCUCCAGAAGCUGCAGAGUCAGAUCGGCACACACGAGCACUUCAACAGCUGGAACAAGGGCUUCAUCGUACACCACUACGCAGGGAAGGUCUCCUACGAUGUGAACGGGUUCUGUGAACGGAAUCGAGACGUGCUGUUCAAUGACCUCAUCGAGCUGAUGCAGAGCAGUGAGUUCCAAUUCAUCCAGGACCUGUUCCCUGAAAACCCCAACGUUGAGAAGAAGGGGCGCCCCACGACAGCCAGCAAUAAAAUCAAGAAACAAGCGAACGACCUGGUGAGCACGCUGAUGAAGUGCACGCCACACUACAUCCGCUGCAUAAAACCCAACGAGACGAAGCGGCCGCGCGACUGGGAGGAGAGCCGGGUCAAGCACCAGGUGGAGUACCUGGGACUGCGGGAGAACAUCCGGGUCAGGAGAGCCGGCUACGCCUUCCGCCGCCUCUUCAGGAAGUUCCUGCACAGGUACGCGAUCCUGACCCGUGAGACCUGGCCGGAGUGGCGCGGGGAUGAGAAGCAGGGCGUCCUGCACCUGCUGCGCUCCGUCCACAUGGACAGUGACCAGUUCCAGCUCGGCAAGAGCAAGGUGUUCAUCAAGGCCCCCGAGUCGCUCUUUCUGCUGGAGGAGAUGCGCGAGAGGAAGUACAACGGCUACGCCCGGGUCAUCCAGAAGGCCUGGCGCAAACACACAGCCGUGCGCAAAUACAUUCUCAUGAGAGAGGAAGCCUCGGAUAUCCUGCUCCACAAGAAGGAGCGCCGGAGGAACAGCAUCAACCGCAACUUCAUGGGAGACUACAUCGGCACGGAGCACCGUCCCGAGCUGAGGAAAUUCGUGGGGCGCCGGGAUCGCAUCGACUUCGCAGACGUGGUGGUGAAAUACGACCGCCGCUUCAGGCCUGUGAAGCGUGACCUCCUGCUGACUCCCAAGUUCCUGUACAUGAUUGGUCGAGAGAAGGUGAAGCAGGGUCCGGAGAAGGGGCUGAUCAAGGAGGUUCUGAAGAGGCAGAUCGAGGUGGAGAAGAUCCAGUCUGUCUCACUCAGCACCCUGCAGGAUGACUUCUUCAUCAUUCACGAGCAGCAGUACGACAGCGUCCUCGAGUCGAGCUUCAAGACAGAACUGCUGAGUCUGCUGUACAAGCGCUAUGAGGAGAGGAGCCAGCGCAAACUGCCACUCAAAUUCAACAACCUGCUGGAGUUCAAGGUAAAGAAGGAGGGCUGGGGUCCCUGGGCGUCCGCAGGGUCCAGGCAAAUUCAGUUCCAGCUGGGCAGCACCGACCAGGCCUUCCUGAAACCCAGCGGCAAGGUCCUGAGUGUGAGCAUCGGAGCAGGACUGCCCAAGAGCGCCCGACCGACACGGAAAGACAACAGAAAAAGUGGCCACUUUGGAGACCGGCCAUCAAACUCAAGGGACUCAGGUGCACACAGGAACAGGGCUGCGAGGCAGGGGCAGCCUGGCCACGGCAGAGCCCAGGCUGCCGGCAGACUGUCCACACUCCUCCGCCAGGCCAGCGUGGUCCAGCCCACCCUCCCCAGACAGGGAGCCAGCAUUCGCCCGCGGGACCCCCGCCCUGGCCCCAGCCCCCAGCUCAACAUGGAUUUCAUGAGCGUGCCGGACCAGGGCGUAGCUGGGCUGCAGCGCCGGCGGUCCACAGAAUCGAAGCCAGUACCGGGGGGAGGUCGAUCGAAACCCACUCCCAAACCCAGGCCCAGGACUCCCCAGUGCCAGGCGCUGUACGCAUACGACGCACAGGACACUGACGAGCUCAGCUUCAACGCGGACGAUGUCAUCGAGAUCGUGACCGAAGAUUCCUCAGGCUGGUGGUUCGGACGACUCAGAGGAAAGGAGGGCAUGUUCCCAGGGAACUACGUGAAGAAGAUCUAAACGGUGUUCACACAGCGCCCCCUUCUGGAGAGGAGGCCAAUGACUGUUUGUUAUUCAUAGCCAUAGAACAAGAAGGGAUCUGGCUGCUGUGUUGUGAUCGAGCCCAACCCCAAGUGCUGUACUGAGCUCUUUUGUCUCAGUACAAGAUUUCUUCCAACAGUACUGUAUAUAUAGCCCUUAGUAACUAUGAUUUAAUUUAAUAUGAGAUAAACAGAUAUAUCCAUGCUAAGCUGUGGAAACUUGGCUCGUAUCCAGGCUAGCAAUCUCAGUGUUUAACCCUUUCAGUCCUGAAUUAUAAUUUUGAACUUAUAUAAUUAAAAAAGGAACGCCUUUAUUGAGUACACAUGAGAACAUUAUAAAACAUUUCUACACAACCUCAGACUGGGACCUAGGAGUCCCGUGAGGUUCCAACAUGAUUUCCGAAGGCGUAUUUUAACAAACGCCACUAAGAUAAAUAAGACAGGACAUUGAGGUCCCGCCAGGACUGAAAGGGUUAAGAGUUUGACUGGAGAAAUGGUACGUCUGGUUUGAUCAGGAACGGAUAUUGACUGGAACUUUGAUUUUGUGUGUUUUUUUGUUUGUUUGUUUGUUUUUAAUGAUUUAAUCAGCACAACAGUGCCACCAGUGGCCAAAGUGUAAAGCCCCAGUUUCUUCACAGGAGUAUUAACUUGAUAAAAACA